CAUGCGCCUGGAGAACUGAAGGACGCGCGUUGCCCACAGGGAGCUGCCUUGGGUAGCAUGGCGGCGGGAGCGCUACGCGGCCUGCCAGUGGCCGGCGGAGGGGAGAGUAGCGAGAGCGAGGAUGACGGCUGGGAGAUUGGGUAUCUCGACCGGACGUCUCAGAAAUUGAAAGGGCUGUUACCCAUUGAGGAAAAGAAAGAAAAAUUUAAGAAAGCAAUGACCAUCGGAGAUGUUUCAUUGGUCCAGGAGCUCCUAGAUUCUGGCAUUAGUGUAGAUUCCACCUUUCAGUAUGGAUGGACUCCCCUUAUGUAUGCUGCUAGUGUUGCCAAUGCAGAACUGGUUCGGGUCCUUCUGGACAGAGGUGCUAAUGCAAGCUUUGAGAAGGAUAAGCAAACUAUUUUGAUAACUGCAUGUUCUGCUCAUGGCUCAGAGGAACAGAUCUUGAAGUGUGUAGAGCUACUACUUUCAAGAAAUGCUGAUCCAAAUGUUGCUUGUAGGAGACUUAUGACCCCAAUCAUGUAUGCUGCUCGAGAUGGUCACACCCAGGUUGUUGCUCUCCUUGUUGCUCAUGGAGCAGAAGUUAAUACCCAGGAUGAGAAUGGUUACACUGCUUUAACAUGGGCAGCACGUCAGGGUCAUAAAAAUAUAGUUUUGAAGUUGCUUGAACUUGGAGCUAAUAAAAUGCUACAAACCAAAGAUGGAAAGAUGCCAAGUGAGAUUGCAAAAAGAAACAAACAUCAUGAGAUCUUCAACUUACUUUCUUUUACUUUAAAUCCAUUGGAAGGAAAACUUCAACAGCUAACUAAAGAAGACACUAUUUGUAAAAUAUUGACAACAGAUUCUGAUAGAGAAAAAGAUCACAUUUUUAGUUCAUAUACAGCAUUUGGAGAUCUGGAAGUAUUUUUACAUGGUAUUGGACUUGAACAUAUGACAGAUUUACUAAAGGAAAGGGAUAUAACAUUAAGACACCUUUUGACCAUGAGGGAAGAUGAAUUUACAAAGAAUGGAAUUACCAGUAAAGACCAGCAGAAAAUUCUGGCUGCUCUUAAAGAACUACAGGUAGAAGAGAUACAAUUUGGAGAGUUAUCUGAAGAGAUAAAGUUAGAAAUCAGUGGUGAUGAGUUCCUCAACUUUCUUCUCAAAUUAAAUAAACAGUGUGGCCAUUUAAUAACAGCUGUACAGAAUAUUAUUACUGAGUUACCUGUAAAUUCUCAAAAGAUAACGCUGGAAUGGGCUUCUCCCCGGAAUUUUACUUCAGUUUGUGAAGAAUUGGUUAAUAAUGUUGAAGAUUUGAGUGAAGAAGUCUGCAAAUUAAAAGACUUAAUUCAAAAGUUGCAAAAUGAACGGGAAAAUGAUCCAACUCAUAUACAAUUAAGGGAAGAAGUAUCUACAUGGAAUAGUAGAAUUUUGAAGAGGACAGCUAUUACAGUAUGCGGAUUCGGUUUUCUUCUUUUCAUUUGCAAGCUAACUUUCCAGAGAAAAUAACCCAAAUAUUUGUUUUAAGUUAUAUAUACACAUCUUAUUGAACCAUCCAAAAAUCAUUGCUUUUAACUAUUUGUGGCACAAUAUAACUUUACAUUCUUUGCCAAUAUUCCAUAGGAAAAAUUUUGACAAUGUAGAGAUUUUUUCUUUUAAAAAGUGAUUUGUUACUUUGACUUAUAAAUACUAUUUGUUAUGUUUAUGUUAAUUUUGAUUUGGCAAUAAAGUAUAAGUAAUUCUUUGGUUUGAUCUUAUGUAAAUCACAUUCAAAAUUAAAGUUAUAUGUAAUAUCUUUGACUUUUUUUAAGUGUGCUCAUUUGUCAUAGUGAAUCUUACAGAAUUUGUAAAGUGUUCAUAAAUUAACAACUUUCUUUUAUUUCUUUUUU